AUGUGGGUGGACGGGAAGGCAACAAAUUGGGUGAGUGAUGUGCUUGAAAGAAGAGACGAUGAAGACACGAAAAAAAAAGAGAAAGGGCAGAAAAGACAACUUGGUAUGGGGAUUAAAAGAAGAAAUAAAAAAUGGGAAAAUAUGCUUUCAUGCAGCGCAACGGAAUUGCCUGAUUCACAAAGACAGGAAAAUCAUUUGAGAACUGAAAAUAAACGACUUGUUGUCCACCGUGAGUUCUCAGAAGUUAGAUCAGAAGGUCUAUUAAAAUCAAUUACAAUAAAUUUCCCGAUACUUUAUAAGCAGAUACUUUUCAGUGAAAAGUCCCUUGACAGCUAUUCAAAGAUAUUUACUGUAUUCUACAUAAAUAUGCUUAUGUACCUCGAUAUCUAUAGUAGAAAACGUAACGAAAAAAAAAAGAUUGAACAAGGCGGAUCGGAAAAAAACAGAGAUGAUUCAGAGGACAACGACGAAGAAGAAAUUUCAAUUCUUCAUUGCGGACCAGUAGGCAAUAGACACCAAUCAAGGGAAGGAGAGAAACCUAAAAAAAGAAAGGGUCAGCGAAUUUUCCAAUCAACUGAUCCUGAAAAAGGCGCUCGUUGUGGACAUAAAAAAGCAAGUCAUUUUUUCCAUAAAUAUCUAAAACUUAUGAAACCAAAAGAGUUGAAACUUACAAAUCUAUGA